CUUAGCCCAAUACAUUUAAACUCAGUUUUUCACAAUUCCUGACAUUUCAUCCUAGUAGAAAUCCCUGUCUUAGGUCAGUUAGGAUCACCACUUUAUUUUAAGGAUGUGAAAUGUCAGAAUAAUAGUAGAGAAAUAUUUUUUUCAGCUUUUAUUUCUUUCAUCACAUUCCCGGUGGGUCAGAAGUUUAUAUACACUCAAUUAGUAUUUGGUAGCAUUGCCUUUAAAUUGUUUAACUUGGGUCAAACGUUUCGGGUAGCCUUCCACAAGCUUCCCAUAAUAAGUUGGGUGAAUUUUGGCCCAUUCCUCCUGACAGAGCUGGUGUAACUGAGUCAGGUUUGUAGGCCUCCUUGUUCGCACACGCUUUUUCAGUUCUGCCCACAAAUUUUCUAUAGGAUUGAGGUCAGGGCUUUGUGAUUGGCACUCCAAUACCUUGAAUUUGGUGUCCUUAAGCCAUUUUGCCACAACUUUGGAAGUAUGCUUGGGGUCAUUGUCCAUUUGGAAGAGCCAUUUGCGACCAAGCUUUAACUUCCUGAAUGAUGUCUUGAGAUGUUGCUAAAAUAUAUCCACAUAAUUUUCCUCCCUCAUGAUGCCAUCUAUUUUGUGAAGUGCACCAGUCCCUCCUGCAGCAAAGCACCCCCACAACAUGAUGCUGCCACCCUCGUGCUUCACGGUUGGGAUGGUGUUCUUCGGCUUGCAAGCUUCCCCCUUUUUCCCUCCAAACAUAACGAUGGUCAUUAUGACCAAACAGUUCUAUUUUUGUUUCAUCAGACCAGAGAACAUUUCUCCAAAAAGUACGAUCUUUGUCUCCAUGUGCAGUUACAAACCGUAGUCUGGCUUUUUUAUGGUGGUUUUGGAGCAGUGGCUUCUUUCUUGCUGAGUGGCCUUUCAGGUUAUGUCGAUAUAGGACUUGUUUUACUGUGGAUAUAGAUACUUUUAUACUUGUUUCCUCCAGCAUCUCAACAAGGUCCUUUGCUGCUAUUCUGGGAUUGAUUUGCACUUUUCGCACGUUAAUCUCUAGGAGACAAAACGCUUCUCCUUCCUGAGCGGUAUGAUGGCUGCGUGGUCCCAUGGUGUUUAUACUUGCGUACUAUUGUUUGUACAGAUGAACGCGGUACCUUCAGGCGUUUGGAAAUUGCUCCAAAGGAUGAACCAGACUUGUGGAGGUCUACAAUUUGUUUUGAGGUCUUGGCUGAUAUUUUUUGAUUUCUCCAUGAAGUCAUGCAAAGAGGUACUGAUUUUGAAGGUCGGCCUUGAAAUACAUCCACAGGUACACCUCCAAAUGGCUAAUUGACAUCAUUUGAGUCAAUCAGAGGCUUCUAAAGCCAUGAAAUCAUUUUCUGGAAUUUUCCAAGCUGUUUAAAGGCAGUCAAUUUAGUGUAUGUAAACUUCUGACCCACUGGAAUUGUGAUACAGUGAAAUAAUAUGUCUAAACAAUUGUUGGAAAAAUUACUUGUCAUGCACAAAGUAGAUGUCCUAACCGACUUGCCAAAACUAUAGUUUAACAAGAAAUUUGUGGAGUGGUUGAAAAACUAGUUUUAAUGACUUUAAUGACUUGCUCAGUGAUAAUUGACACUUCCACAUUGUGCUGUUUAUUUCUGAUAGUUUUGUCCAGUGAAAUGUCCAGUGAAAGCAAAUAUGCCAUGCCAUAUGCCAUUUGUUAACACAACACGGUACAGACUUGGAUACACAUUAUGCUGAAUGUUAAUCAAUCAAAAACAUCUGUUAAAUUCACUGCUGUUUUUCUUGUUUACAGUGGGUCAAGUCAUAGGGUUUUGAGGGAGGAAUUCUCGUAUUGUUACAACACCAAUAUUUUUUUUGAAUAAAGGUGCUAAUAUGGCUGUACUCUAUAUACAGUGUGGCUCUGACACUACCUAAGAAACAUCAAGGGUAUGUCAAUAGGGUGGCAGGUGUAACAGAUGUGAAAUGGCUAGCUAGUUAGCGGGUACGCGCUAGUAGCAUUUCAAUCAGUUACGUCACUUGCUCUGAGACUUAAGUAGUGUUGCCCCUUGCUUUGCAAGGGCUGCGGCCUUUGUGGAGCGAUGGGUAACGAUGCUUCGUGGGCGACCGUUGUUGAUGUGUGCACAGGGUCCCUGGUUCGCGCCCGUGUCGGGGCGAGGGGACGGUUUAAAGUUAUACUGUUACAUUGAUGCUGUUGACCCGGAUCACUGGUUGCUGCGGAAAAAGGAGGAGGUUGAAAGGGGGGUGAGUGUAACGGAUGUGAAAUGGCUAGCUAGUUAGCGGGUACGCGCUAGUAGCAUUUCAAUCAGUUACGUCACUUGCUCUGAGACUUAAGUAGUGUUGCCCCUUGCUUUGCAAGGGCCGCGGCCUUUGUGGAGCGAUGGGUAACGAUGCUUCGUGGGCGACCGUUGUUGAUGUGUGCAGAGGGUCCCUGGUUCGCGCCCGUGUCGGGGCGAGGGGACGACGCAAGAAGAGUACUGUUACACAGGUAGCCUAGCCGUUAAUAGUGUUGGUCCAAUAACCGAAAGGUUGCUGGUUUGAAUCCCAGAGCUGACUUGGUGAAACAUUUGUCUGUGCCCUUGAGCAAGGCACUUAACCCUAAUUGCUCCUGUAAGUUGCUCUGGAUAAGAGUGUCUGCUAAAUGACACAUGUAAUGUAAAAUGAAUUAAUUUGGCAGUGCACUCAUUUCUUGUCUGAACAAGGAGGGCAACAAGACUUUGAGCAGAUCUACAGAUUUCCAAGAAACAAUUUAAAUCAAACAAAUGUAUAACUGUAGCAGUUCGUUAUUGUUCAUUCAUGUCUGUUUUCAGACCUCAAAUGGUCUAAUGUUGAGUAGUCCACAUCCUACACUAUUAGUGUUAUAGAUCCAGCUGUAUGCUUUGAAAUUAAAUGAAAACCCUGAAUGUCAUUCAACCUACCCAGUAGCCUUGUAUUUAGGCCUACUUAAUUGUAUUAAUGUUGUUUUUUAAAGUAUUGGUUCAUUCUUAUCAGUUGAACAUUUAUUUCGAUAGGAGGAAGCGUGCUUUAAACACGUGGUUGGAAAGCUUCAGUCUGCUGUAGAGGGAAAAUGAUGAAACAGCUAAGCAGUCAGUAACAAGAACCAUGUGUAAACCCCCCCUUUCCCCAUCUGCGCCCUUCAAGCCCUCAUUUCACCCCCCCCCUCCCCACUUCCCUCUUCCUUCAGAACUGUUUUUGUUUUCCAAACAAGGCUCUCUGUACAGGAAAUUGUGUACUUUGGGAGCAUUCAGGAAGGCAGAGAGCACAUUUCCUGUUAGGACCAUGGCAACAAAAAAAGUGUGGAUAAAAGGGGUUAGUAAUCUCUAAACCAGAGAAACAGCAGUCAGCUAUUCCCCUCCCCUGACUUCACUUCCCUCCCCUUCUCACAGUCUUGAAAUUUCAAACCUCCAUGCCACUCCAGUGCCACAACUACCAUGACCUUCGAAACAUGGAUAAAUUGAAAACUGGACGCAAGAAGGAUAAAGAAACAAACACAGAAACAAUAUUCCUGUGCCUCACUGGGUACAUCUCCACAGAUACAGGGGAGCCAAAGAAAAGGGAGAUUGUCUGGGCGGGAGGAAAAGAGGAGCGAAAAAAGACAGAGGCAGACUGAGUAAAAAAAACUACAACAGGAAACGAACUAAUUCUGAUGCUGUUUCUGCAAAUCCUUCUGGGAUAAAUCACUUCAGAGGACUGCCAUUCCCAGACCACAUUUCCAGAAAUUUCACAAUUAUAACUGACUAUGGUUUUUCCCUUAUAUUUUUGAUAGAUUGAUUGGAAAUGUAUAAAGCACUAAAAAGCUUAAAGGAAAAGUGACGUCAACAUUAUUCUUCUCACAUGGACUUUUCAGUCUCCCAAACUGUUAGUGUCGUUGGUCAAGAUGUGAGUGGAUGAAUCCUUUUUGGGCGGUUUGUAUGGUUUUUACUUUUGGGCUACAAUUUUUGCCUUUCCCAGGGUCUGUUGGAUCAAUGGUUGUAUAUUUGAGGAUUUGUUUGUUCUGAACUCCUGGACUAAUAACUGGAUCCAGAUGAAGAAUAAAGGAGCCAAGCAGAGGUCCAAAAAGAAAGGAAGUGAGAAUGCAUUUGACUGUGACUUGACAGAACAUCUACAGAAUUCAGGAAAAGACGUUCCUCAAGUUUUAAGGACAUGUGCAGAGUUCAUUGAGAAACAUGGUGUUGUGGAUGGAAUAUACAGGCUCUCGGGAGUCACCUCAAAUAUCCAGCGACUAAGACAGGAAUUUUGCUCUGAGUUGUGCCCUGACCUCACAAAGGAGGUGUACCUCCAGGACAUCCACUGUGUGGGCUCCUUGUGCAAGCUGUACUUCAGGGAGCUACCCAAUCCCCUGCUCACUUAUGAGCUUUACAAGAAAUUCACUGACGCCGUCUCAGUCCAGGAAGAUCAUGAAAGGCUACAACAUAUCCAGGACGUCAUUAAAGAGCUACCACUCCCCCACUUUAGGACUCUGGAAUAUCUUACCAAGCAUUUGGCCCACCUGGCCACCUUAAGUCCCCAGACUAACAUGCACACCCGCAACCUGGCCUUGGUAUGGGCUCCAAACCUAUUGCGCUCGAAAGAUAUUGAAAUUGCAUCCUGCAAUGGGGACAUGGCUUUCCAGGAGGUGCGGGUUCAGCAGACUGUGGUUGAGUUCAUUUUAAAUCACACUGAGCAGAUCUUCAACCAUGCAGCUGCACCAAUAAAAACUAAAGAAGGACCCAGUUUGAUGUGUGGGGAGAAGUAUGCCACUCUUCCUAUCAGUGGCCAAGGUGGGCCAAUGAAGCUGAUGAGCCUAGAGGAGGCCCAGGCCCGCUCCCUGAGCCCUAACCACCCAGCACGGAAAGAGCGUCAACGGGAGAACAGUCUACCUGACACCAGCACUGCCACACUGUACCAUACCGUCAUAGACAUAUCGGAUAGCAAAGGAAAGGUUUCUGGGAAAUCGAAGAAGUGGAAGUUCAUCUUCAACCUGGGCAAGUCUGUGACGGACUCUAAGGGAAGACUGAGCCGGAAUGGGAGCGUGUUCAUGAAAGCACAGAACAUCACAGAAAAGGCAGCUAUCCGACCAGCGAGAAGCAUGGACUCUUUGUGCUCUCUGCAGACAGAUGAUGACAAGGCAGGAAAUUUCAGCUCAGCAGGCGGGGCCAACGGUUUCUUUGCGCCCGGUAUAAAAUCCAGAACACUUGAAUCUGACACGCUCCAUGAUGUCAGUGAACAGGACCAGAGGCGGGAGUUUGAGAUGAAGAGACUGAGCGAGGCCACAGGUGGCAGCAGCCCUAAAAUGAAGAGAAGGGGCUCUCCAAGCAUCUCACCACCACAGCAGAAAGCUCUACCCGAACAACUGAAGGUUUUCAAAGGCGAUGAUGACCUCAGCAGCUGCCAGCCCAGCUCCCCUAAGAACAGGAGGAUGCUGUGUUCUGGCUCCACCCACAGCAGUGCAUCCAGGCCCUCCUUCCCUGGAAGUCUCUUUCCAGAGUCCUCCCCCAGGCAUCAGCGCAAGGCUCUCAACAUAUCAGAGCCCUUUGCUGUGUCUGUGCCCCUGAGGGUGUCUGCAGUCAUCAGCUCCAACAGCACUCCCUGCAGGGCACAAGGGGCACAAGGGAAGGAGAGGCCUGCUGCAGCUGCUCUGAAACCAAGCAGAGAGACCUCCCAGUCAGAACAGAGUGACAGUAGUGGCAGCUUAAAUUACAGAGAGCACCCCCUUGGAGAGAGCAGUGUUGUGAGUGAGAGCAUUAUCUACAGUAACAGCAGCUCAACCCCAGUGGAAAAGGAGGAGAGACCAGCAGAGGAGAGGAGCAGAGAGGAGGCAGCUUUCAAAAGGGUGACAGAAGUUUCAAGAAGUGAAGGAGAGGUGAACGAUGUUCAAGGGAAGGUGGAAGUAUCUGACCUGAGACAGUCUUCCACUCCCACCACAAGAGAGGAAGAUCAAGAGAGACAGCAAUUUCCUGGGAAACAACUGGACAACCCGCCAGCAACACAGUAUGAGCCAAAAGAACUGACACAACUGGAUAUGGGAUCUUUACCUAUCAAGGAAGAGCUGUGGUCUGACCUCCAUCUUGAGCUGAAAAUUACUGAGCCUGAGAUUGACAUUAUGGACGAGGAGUUUAUGCCUGUUUUCUGUUCCACUAAGAAAACUUGUGAGGAUGUUAAGGCAAUGCCAGAUGCUCCAGCAAAAAGAAGAAGCAGCCUUCCAACUCACUCAUUAUUAUAUAAGGGACAGUCUUUGAUGCCCACCAGGCCUGCACUGACCUAUCACGGUGCUGACACUGUAGCACAUUCAGCAAGAAAGCACUCCUCAGACACACAACUUCCAAAUGACAAAAUGUUACAUUUCAUGGUCGGCACAGAUAUGAAAAAUACACCUCUACACACUGCUGAUUCAACAGAUAAAACAAAAAACAAACUACACACUUCCUCAAAAUCUAAGCUCCCAGAAACCGAUAAACCCACUUUCGUCAAGCCACGGCCUGUGGUUACUCACCUCGCAGAGCCAAGUUUACAUUCUACUCAACAAAGCCAGGUCACAAAAGGUUUGCAGCCAGGGGAUGUCGUAACAGACAUAGGCACGUCUGUAGCAGAGAAAGGAAAAGAGCCAUCAGGGAAAAGUAAGAGUCAAGAUGGGGUCAAAGGGGUUUCCCAUGACAAUGGAAAGAAUGCUUUGUCAGUUGUCAUGGGAGGCAUUGAGAGGCUUUCAAUAUGUUUGGAAGAAAGACCCCACCACACCUUGGGGCUACCACACCAAGACGAUGAGGAUGGAUGUGGAGGACACUCCGAGUUGGAGGACUUGGAGGAGGAACCUUGGGAGGAGGUCUUCCGCUCCACCAAACAGUGGGUAACCAGUCCUCUCCAUUCACCCACACUUAAGGAUUUGUUUGGAAAACUAGAUGUGUCAUCGUCUUGUUCUGCAGGAGAAGGUUUGAGCUCCAAAGAACUAAACGUUCCUCCUCUAUCUAGAGAUGACAAAUCAACAAAUGGAUCAUGUCCUUUUAAGAGCAUAGAAGCGUUCCCAGGAAAUAGGUCUCAGGCAUGCAGCAGCAAAACAGAGACCAAAAUCACACAUCUACUUCCCUUACCCUCCAAAACCACCCUGGUCGGUGAUGAUGCAACGAGAACACAAAGAGGAAACAGCUGCACAGCCAAACAGAAAAACACCUCCUCCUCCCAGAGGUUUCACAGACAGACAUCUUAUGAAGCAUAUCAUUCAGAAAAAAUAGAGCAGAACAGCUUUUCCAAACACAGGCCCUACUCACUCAAUUUGGAUUUAGGACAUCGACGCAUCAGAGACAUUUCCAAUCAGCAAAACCUUGAAUCAGCUGAGUUGUCCUCCAUUCAGAGAGGGGCAGUGACACCGUCUGAGACCAAAUCCAACGGCCUGUCCCAGGAACUGGAGCUGUUCCUGAGCCAUCGACAGGCCCCUGUGCGCCGGAACUCGGCCCCCGUCAGUGUGUCGUCUGUCAGGACGGCCUUCAUGGUAAAAACGUGUCAGGCUAAAGCCGUGCCUGUCAUCCCCCCCAAGGUGCAGUACAGCCACAUACCUCAUCCCAGGCAAGACAAGGGCUCUGGUGCAGGAAAGGGACCAGAGAAAGAAUUCACAAAAACCAGGGGAGAUAAACUAGAUCCUGUACCUCUUCUUCCCUCUAUGAGGGAUCUAAAGGAGGAGUUGGAGAAUAAGGAGCCAGUGCCGAAAUCCCAGAUAAGGCAGCCUAUUGCAGAGAAAUCUACAGAGACUAAUAAAACUACACCUACUUCAGACCCACCGGUGCUAAGAAGGAAACGCUCAUCCAAUGCAGAGGCCUUUUCUGAUUGUCCAAGACCAGAAAGGUCUACGGUUCUACAAAGGCCAUCCUUUAGGAACCGCCAGAGACCACAGAGCCUCAUCUUGUUCAGUCCACCCUUUCCCAUCAUGGAUCACCCACCGCUGGGGGAUGAUGCCAAGCUCAUCCUCUCGCCCAUCAGAAGUCCAACUGAAACAUCAGCACUUGAUAUAUUUUCCAAAGAGAUGGCAGAGAACCUCAAGACCCCAGAGGGGGUGACCCUGCGGAACAAAAUGACAAUACCCAAGAGUGGACAGAGACUGGAGACCUCGACGAGCUGCUUUUAUCAGCCACAGAGGAGGUCCAUGAUAUUUGACAGCAGAAACCACAGGCAGAUUGAAUGAGACACCGGACAGUUUAACCAGUCAUGUAGCUAUAUGCCCCUCAGACUAUGUUUCUCAACACUACUCUGGUUAUCCUCCUUUUCAUCCUCCCUGUUCUUGGACUUAUGUAAAUGAUUUGAGCAAUAUUAGGUCUAUAAAUCUACCUUUUGAUAUGAAACUAUUUGGGGAAAUUAACAAUUUCUUUGUUUCCAAUGCUCUACCAAUCACCUCUCUAUCCUGCACUAAUCUGGACUCGUGGUAUGUGAAGAUGUGUGUAUUUCCUUCAGCCCAAAUCAUAUGCAGUAAUUAUCAAUAUUCAAAUGAUAUUUUUUUUAAUCAAAUGUUAGACAUAUUUUGAAAGGUGCAUAUGAAGGAUAGACAGCCAAAGAGAGGAAAAUGUUACAUCAACCCAUAUUGCCAUUGGUAUUUCAGAAAAGCCAUGUACCGGUAGUUUAUUUGUUUACAUCUCGUCAUUAGCAAUCACAAGAUUGCCUUUUGGCAAAGAGAGUUGUACCUUCAGUACUAGCUAGCUACUUUGUAAUUAGUUAUACCUUAUGUCUUAAAUAUGUUGCGAACUGAAUAAUGACUUCAUAUAGUAUGAACCCGCUGACGUCCAGCUCUUGUCACUGUGAUCAGCUUUUAUCCUAACAGUAUCAGGGUAGUGUUUUUUCAACAUUCUAUGUAAUGAGAACUGCAGAAAACUUUUAAUUGUAUUACACUAAUAGUAUUUAUUUAUCCAGUUAUUAAUCUAUAGAUGGUCAUUAACACGCUUGACCAAUUCUUAGUUGUUUUUUUGUUGUUACUUUUAAGAUGGACAGAGUGUGUUCUCUUUAUUGGUUUGUAAUGUUUUGGUAAAGUCCGAUGUGCUUUUAGAAUGAGGAGGACAGAUGACAGAAAUACCUAAAGUAAAGUGUCUGAUGUGAUAACUUUAUCUUAAAAACGAAGCUUUGCUGAGAAAUGUUUUGAGUUAUAAUCAAAAUGAAUUGAGGGAAAUGGAUGUGCUGGCACUUAUAAUGGUGUAGAUUGUGAAAAAGAGGACUCAAACACUAUGCAUUAAAUGUUGUGAAGACUUAAAAAGAUAUCAGAACAGGGACUCUGGCUGUUUGCAGCUGUGUUGACAUAAUACUACGCUUGUAACCUGUACAAUUCUGUAUUGAGCAAAAUUGAAUGUAUUAUGUAUAGCAACAAAAAAUGAAGAGUACAGAUUAUUGUAUGGGACAAUUUCCAAACUUUUUUGAGAAAGGUAAUUUGAAAAAUAAAAUUGUUUUUAGUACA